AAGACUCUCCACGUACUUCCGGUUGUCCCUGCUGAUGUGUAUUUCUUAUUUCCCACCGUUUUUCCUCUGUUUUUCGUCGUUUCUGCGACGUAACUUGCGGUUUGGACACAACAGACGCCCUUUAAAAGCUUCAACAAGGGACACAGACUUCGAUGUGCAGGUUGAACCUGUCUUCAGCAGGAUGAAUAUUGGCUCUAAAACUAAGAAGCGGGUGGUUCUGCCCAGCCGACCCGAGCCCCCGACCGUGGACCAGAUUCUGGAGGACAUCAGCAAAGCUGCUCCUGAUGACCCGGCCUUCAGCAUCCUGGACAAAACUGGAGACUCGUCCCGGCCUGCAGACAGCGAGGUGGAGCUCCGGUUCCAGCAGUGUCGUCGGUACCUGGAGCUGAACGAGCACCUGACGGAGGCCGAGGCCCGGCUGCAGCAGCAGCGGGAGGAGCUGCAGGUGGCGGGGGAACAGCUGGACCGACGGGUGGAGGAGGUCCAAGGUCAAGUUCUCUGACUCCACACUCUGUCAGUCACAAACUGUCCAGGACGCAUUCCCUGAAUCCGGGUUUACCGUCUCAAGCUUCCACUGAACUCUGGCUCACAUCUGGAAUAUGUGCGAGUUCGUGCCCGAGCGAUGCUCAAAUCUGUAUUUGUUUUGACCUUCAGUCUGCGCGUUUAAAUGUUUGAAAGAGCAAACAUUUCUUAAAAGUGAUGAUUACAGUAAAAAUGUGUUCAGGCUGAAGACGAAAUCACCUUCCAGUUUUUCAAAAUAAAACGCCAGAGUGAGCCCCGACUCAUAUGUAGGCGUUAAGUCAACGUCUAUGGAGGCUGUGAGAAAACGAUUUGAGCCACGUACGAGGAGAGUCCGAAGUGGAAAACCUCCUUUUCUUCGACACCACCCAUCCUUUAUUCCAGGAAUGAUGAGAUGUAGCGAGAAACAGAUGAGCCGAGUUUUAAAACCUUUGGGAAGAAAAACGCUCCCGCUGAGAUUUAAACAUCUUAGAUUUUACGUUUUUAUUUUGUUUAUAUGUGAAAAUGUUCACUAUUUUCCCUCCAGAAACUAUAAUGAAAUAAAUCUUUAUAGGCCUGUUUUAA